AUGAAUAUAACAUUAGUCCAAGGCAACGUGACACAUGUGUUAAUCCAGUCGGAGAAGUAUGAUUUGCUAUUCCGUACGAUCCUCAUGAUGGUGACUCUAAUAACUUUCCUCCUCUUCCUUUGCUUCAACGGAGCUCUUCUCAGUGUCUUCUUCACCACUCCUCACAUCCAGGAGAACUCUCGCUACAUUCUCUUCGCUCACAUUCUCAUCACUGACACGUUAUAUCUUACCUUGGGAACUUUAGUCUUGUUUUCCAUUCUAAACGAUGUAUAUUUCCCCACCCCCUUUUGUUUAUUUAUUCUUGCCGCUGCGGCGACUUCCUUUCGGGUCACGCCGUAUAAUUUGGCUGUCAUGUCUCUGGAACGAUACGUAGCCAUAUGCUUCCCGCUGAGACACUUUGAGUUCUGUACAGCGAGAAGAGCUAAAUCAGCCAUGGUGGUGAUUUGGGCGGUAGGAUUUAGCCCAAGCAUUGCAGACUUUGUAACCAUUGUGUACUCGGUGGAAAGGAAUUUCUUUUCCCGUGCUGUACUCUGUACCCAUCUAAUGUUAACCAUCAGCCCCUUACAAAAUGUCAUCCGUUCAUUUGUCCAUAUUCUCAGUUUCACCCUUGUGGCCUUAAUCAUUUUAUUCACCUACGUGAAAGUCAUGCUGGUAGCCAAGAGAUUGGGCUCACAGGAAUCCUCUGCCCUCAAGGCUGCAAAGACGGUCUUGCUCCAUGUGUUCCAGCUUAUGCUUUGCAUGGUAGCUUUCAUCUCUACUGUUCUAGAAACAACCAUUGCGGAUUAUAAUACUACUCUGCGCGUAUCUGGUUUUCUAAUAUUUACAUGUUUGCCUAGAUUUCUAAGUCCCUUAAUUUAUGGAAUGAGAGAUGAGGUGUUUCGUAAAUACAUAAGAAAGCUUUACCACAUUAGUCCCUUAGUCCCUUGA